AAUUUUCUUGAAGAAUCCAUUGUUGAAAUAAUCAUUGACUUCGCUAAGUACACCGGAGAGGAUAGGCCAGUGAGGAGCUGUUGACAAUCAUUAUGAGUCCUAAUAGUAUUGGGAUUACCAUGCUUAUUUUUAAUAAUCGAGGGACUCUACGUUUGGAGUUAAAUUAGAGAGAAUGGAUUGAAAGUGACUGUCAAAUGAAAAAGGGCUAGGGAAAUAUUGAACCCAAUUCCUAUAGUGAUGGACAUAAGUGCAGCUGAAAUUCCUGUAGAGUUUUGAACUAGUUAAAUCUUGGAGUUUACUGAAUUUGUCCAUUAAUAACGUCGAAGCUGGCCUUACAGAGACAGAGUACCCAAUAUUAAUAUUUACCGACAUCAUCUGGUGGUUUUCUCCGGAACCAUCAUCCUCUCUUGGCAAUCCAAUGAUGUUGCUAAAUUUACAGAUCACUGUUGAAGAACAUAAACCAGCUCAUCAAAGAAAAAGUUUCUGUUUGAUCUGGCAAAGGUCCUUCUUGGCUUAUUUCUUCACAUUCCUCACAAGAACAUUAAGAUCAGACUCCAGAGACUUGAGAGGAGAAGUAUGGAUAAGGUUAUGUGGAAUUGAGUGAUGUAUCCGUUGACUGACUUGGAGCUAGUGAGGGCUGGAUUGGCUGGAAGAUUUGAGUGGUCCCUCAUUUCGCGAAUCUAAAUCUGAAAUGAACUGUCUGGAAGUUCCUUUCUAACCCCAAACCCUGUAUUGACUUGUAACUCCCUAUGUGCGAGUCUUGCACCCAAAAAAACAAAAUGUGCUUUGGGGAGGGGAGGGAGGGGGAGAGAGAGAGGAGGGGGGGGCUGGUCCUCUGGAGUCAACAUGAGGUGCCAUUAAAUAAAUACUAAAUGAAUAGAAAAAACAAAAUAGCUAAGAGUGAAAUGAGAAGGAAAGACCACGGGAAUGGUGGGUCAAUAUUUGAGAACCUAUCUGUCUCUACUUACUAAGAAGAGGUUCCUCGACCUCUGCAAACCACCUAAGAAAAAACCCCAAGCAAAAUGGCAGCUGCUAUCAAGCUUCUCUUUGUUGUGCUCUCUCUCUGCAUCAUUGUAACAGGAGGGAGUGAAAGCUGUGACCUUUCAACUGUUCAAGUUCAACAGACCAACACAGGACAGAAGCAUGGCUAUGAUCCUAUAUUUGAGGUGGAGGUGAAGAAUCUGUGCCGAUGCGAGCUGACAAACGUGUACUUAUGGUCAGAAGGUUUUGCCAGCUCGAUGUCAGUUGAUCCUAAGUUAUUUCGACAAGAGGGCAGCGGCUUCCUCGUGAACGAUGGGAAGGGCAUUCCAAGCUUGAUGUCUGUCAAGUUCCAGUAUGCAUGGGAUAGGGCCUACAAGAUGACUCCUUCAGCCACGCAGGAGGACUGUGCAGGAGAAAGAAACAGAUGUGAGGAGUUGUUACUUGGCAACAAAUGGCUACCGGGCGCAGUUGGUUUGGUGGGUGCUGCAGUUCUCUUCUCCUAGUUUUCUGGGCUCGCCCUCCUUGGCUAAUUCUAUGCAUUGGAGAUUUAUUGCAUCUUAGGGCCCAUUUUAGAUUGCUUUGAUUUUAUGUUUUUGUUUUCAAAAACCCAAGAAAAAUUAGAACAGGAUAACAUGUAUAAAGAAAUCCUUUAAUUUUUUGAGGAAAUUUGAGCUCUUUUUCUGGAAAUUGUUGGCAAAAUAUUUAAAGCUUUCAAUGGCAAAACACUUAUUGCUUUUCGGAACAG